AUGCUUGUCGCACAAAUUAUCAGGGAAGACCAACACCGGGUGCGGCUGUAUGUAGAAAACGUGGUGGACAGCUACAGUGACGAAGAGGUCCGAAGACUGUUCUGUUUACAGAGGUGCACCACUGAGGUGAUCAUGGCCGACUUCGAGUCUUCGUCAUACUAUCCUCGUGGUGGGCGCGGAAGACAGAAAAUAACAGCAUUGAAGACUAUGCUGAUUUCCCUGAUGUACCUGGGCACGCAGUGGUCCAUGAAUGCCAUAGACGACAAGUUUGGUGUCAGCGAGUCGACGGUGCACGUCGCGAUACGCCACGUUUUGGACUUUCUGCUGCCCAUAAGCGAAAGAGAAGUACGCUGGCCUAACGACGAGGAGGCUGCACGAAAUUAG